AUGUCUUCCACUGGGUUUACUACUUCUUCUUCUAUCAAUUCGUGCGAGUACUAUGCCACGUGGGACUACCCGGAAUCCAGUUGCAUGUACUCUGGAUCCGUGUCGAUCAUUCCGAAAUUAUCCAAGGACGCUUCUGAAGUAAAAAAACGGAAAGUUCACAGGUACGCGGUCAACUUGGAGAACGCCGUUCACUUGGUCCACUAUUUGAUCCGUCUGAUCCGAGUGCCGAUCUCAUUGGAUCUCUUCCGUAAGUACGGUAUUCGUGAGUUGUGACACAAGCUUAGGUUAGGCUUAGGUUAGGCUUAGGUUAGGCUUAGGUUAGGCUUAGGUUAGGCUUAGGUUAGGCUUAGGUUAGGCUUAGGUUAGGCUUAGGUUAGGCUUAGGUUAGGCUUAGGCUUAGGCUUAGGCUUAGGCUUAGGCUUAGGCUUAGGCUUAGGCGCAGGCGCAGGCGCAGCCUGCGUAUUUGGUAUGAGCUAGAGAGGGUCAUGUCUCCAAACCUAGGCUUAAUAUAUAUCAUUCGAUAGAGCUCGAAAAAUUAGGGGGACACCCUAUCUUUAGUUUUUUGAUUGGACGCUCGGCUCGCGAGAUAUUAUCGAUCAAAGUGCAUUUUCGAAAAACUUGAAAACGUCAUAACUUUGUUCAUUUUCAUCCUACCGCGAGCACUCUUCUCCCCCAUGUGCAUCAUCAUAGGCGGCAUCUGCGAGAAUUUUUCGACGAAUUUUGGCCACCUACAGUAACCCGUAAUUAUCGAUUGAAAUAUUUGCCACGUCAUAACUUUUUUUUCCUUCAACAACUUUUUUUCUAAAAAAUCACCCUCCUUUGUGUCCGCCCCGUGUAUACACUCCAACUUUUUCAGUAACUUUCAUAUGGCCAAUUUUGAGAUAAAAAUUAAAAAGUUUUUAUUUAUUUUUUAUCUCGCCAGCGACUGGUUUUCGUGGUUAGGCGUGUUCUGACAAGUUGUAGUACUCGCUGACCACGACCCGAACCACAUUUUUUUAGAUUUUUAAAAGUGCGUCUACGCGCACAGUACCGCUUCUUGUGAAAAGUUGAAAAAUUUUUAUACAAACUUACUAUUUCCGACUCCACCACAAUUAUCUACGCCUUUUUUUUAUGCCGAUUCAGAAAUUUUAAGAAAAAAAUUCAUGGAUUUUUUUCGAGAAAAAAAUUGUCAAAGUUUUUAAAUUAAAAAAACAUUGUUUUUUUCCUUUUUUUCUUUUUGUUUGUAGACAUGUGUAGACAUGUUUAGACAGUGGACAUGUAAGUAGACAUGCGAGUAGAUAUGCGAGGGCCGAGCUUUGACACUUUUGCUUACAAGGGAACGUUUUAAGUGGGUGUUAUCUCCAGCACAAACGAACGACACAGUUCGAAAAAGCGACUUUCAAAACCUGUAUUCCAGUUUUCAAAAGCUGCUUACGAAACCUCUGAGAUGCUGAAAUUCCAGUCCGAAGUUUGACAUUUCUUAACCCACGGUCUCCAGAGCUUACAAUGGGCGCAAGUGCGCUCCGCCCAAUAGAGCGAUACAUUGGCGCAAAAUUCAAAUUUUAACAGCAAAAUUAGUGUUUUUUGCCAGAUUAGCCACGAAAAACCGAUAAUUUAUGAUUUGUCUCUCGAUAGACCGAUUGUAUAGUCUAUUACGAAUUUUUUAAGCGCAAGAGCGUUAAAUUUUGUCAAGUCAUCACAUUUAUCCGCUUGAAGGUUUUUGGCUAAAACUGCGUGAAUUUCAGUUGCUUUUCGGUAGUUUUCGCGGUUCGAUCGCUCAAAAUGCUAGUGUUUACGUGAUUUAUCAUUCUCAAAACCAAUUCUGUCUGAAAACGGUAAAGAAAGCGCAAAAUGAGAAGUGCGCUUUUUAGGCGGCGCGCCGCGGCGAUCGGCGGCGAAGGCGAAAAAGCGAAAUCCGCAAAAAUGCGCCAAAACGUCAUUAAUUCUUAGAAUUAGUGUGUUUUCACGUCGAACAAUCAUUUUUCAUCGCCUUUGACCACAAAAAUCAGAGAAAACCUGCUCAAUUCAUGAAAACGCCAUUUGGUCGAGGCCACGCCCAUAUUGUCAGCUCUGGAGACCGUGUAACCAUAGAUUUCGCAUUUUGGUGGCGCGGCGACCCACCCUCACACCCUCGCCAUGCGCCACGAUUGUCAUCGCCCGCAACACCCUGCGAAAAUGUGGUCGAGUGGCGCAGGAGUUAACGGUGGUGAUGAGGGGAGUGUGGUCACGGGCUCGACUCCCUCGUUUUGCUUUUUCUUUUUUCUUUCUUUUUCUUGUAUUUUUUGACGAAAUUGUUUUGAAAUGUUAAUUUUUGAAGAGAUUAAAAUGGCCAACUGAAGUUCCUUAUCAUGUAUGCGUAAAUUCUUCAUCAACACAUAAAUCUUUUUUGCGAUGGUUUUUUUUUCAGAACAGCUGUUGUGAACUAAAAAAGUAUGCAAAAUGUCUUCAGUAGUGUUUCUUUAGUUGACAACUUUUUGAUAUCUCAUUCAAUUCGCGAGAUACAGCAAGAUUUUGCACUACUAUUUUUAACAGCCUGUAUCUCAAGAAGAAAAUUUUUCAGAAAGAAGUGGUUAACUGGAAAGUUGUAGUAAAUGUCAUGCUUUAUUCUCUACAAAAAUUCCCCUUCGAGUUAUGAAUCAAAGAAUCAACUGCACUCAAACGCUGUUCUGAAAAAAAACCAUCGCAAAAAAGAUUUAUGUGUUGAUGAAGAAUUUUGCCACUUUUUUAAACCGUCUGCUCGAAAAAUAAAAAAAGGGCGGAAGGUGUUCUUUUUUUUACUCUAUUUUUUCGCAUGAACCACUAAUUUCUCCCCUUUUCCUAACUUUUCAUUCAUAGACUUAAAGAACGGGCCGCAAAGCAGCCGCCACUUUUUCUCGUCCUUUCUUCCUUUUUUGCUUUGUUUCACAGAGUGAAACAAUAGACCAUUUGGCCUUAGCACUCUUCUUCUGCUCAUAGUACCUCCAGCUCAUAGCACCCCACCCUCUCCUGCCCUCCAGCUCAAAGGGUAGCAGUCAUGAGAUUCGACUCGCUCGCUUCGCUCGCUUCGUCUGGCCGUGUUUUUCUCCGAUCUUUGUAAGACCAAAUCCGCCCCGCACCUCACGCUUAUCCUUAUCGCAAAAAAUUAUUACGUUUUUCGUUCUACUCCUGGGUCCGACACGAUAGCUGCUACAAAAGGAGCCGACAUUCGCAUAGUGACUUUCUUCCCAUUCACUCUCCUUUCUUUCUUAAAAAAUGUUCAAUUAUUGUCGUGUUUCGUUACCCUCGUUGCUGUUAAUGGGUGUCCUUCGCACGGUUUUAAAAGCAGGUGGUUCAGAUAAAUGCUUUUAUUAGGUAGUAUUGAAAUAGUAUUAGGAAGAUAGGUUUGGGGAAGUCGCAGUAGCAGUAGGUUGAGGAUGUUGGGGAAAGAUGCAAGUAACUCUAGGAGUUAGACGGGACCUUUAUAUUGGUCCCAGGGUGAUUAUCAGGAACUAGAUUUUAGUGACAUGUAAUUGACAGGGGCACAGGUUGUGCACUUAAAAGUCAUAAAUGUCCUUGGUCCUCAUUGUUGCGGAAAGACAUAAUAACUUCAAAUUAAGUUAUAAUGACUUUGGAGCAAGACUGGUUGUUGAUUGGAUCAUUACACUGCCACAUGAUCCGUGACGAACAUACAAUUAUGUUCCUUCAUACUGCACUUUUGAUCUUGACAAGUCGAGACGAGUCACGACAAUUAUUACUAACAUAGCUUCUAAUCGAGCUUUUAUUAAAUUAGCACUAACUAUUGUUACAUUGUUGUUAUUUGAUUUGUUAAUUAUUUUAUCAUGUCAUUCUUUUGCUCUCCUAAAGCGAUGCAAUAAAUGACUCAUUCAUGGUGUGUCUUGUUAUUCUUUUUGCCAGCACCUUCGAGAAGAUGUGACCACUCUCUCUUUUUCCUUCAGAUCUCUCUAUUUGUGACACCUUCACCCUGGCAGUUUCUGUUUCUCUUUUUGUAACCUUCUUUUCUCUUCCUCACUGUGACCAAGCACAAUCACAUUUGCUCCAGUUGAACUAGGCGCACGCGACGCGACACGCAAACGCGUUGGAGUAGAGUGGAAGGGCGAUGAGAGUGAGCCGUCCGUGAGCAGAGACGCAGAGGUAGGCGAGAAACUGCCCGCAUCGCAUUUUUCUCAAGUUUCUCAACAGAGCGCCAUUUCUGUGCGGUGCCCCUCUAAUAACCUUUAAUAGAGAAGAGAUUUCCUUUUCUUCUGUAGUUUGCGUUGAUUUUGUGAUUUUCCAACCAUGAUUAUCAUUGUUAUUUGUUUUGCUUUUAGGUCUUAUAAGAUAGAAUUAAGCAUAGUGCUUAAUCUACACGAUCACGAAGGAUCUUCCCAUCGCAAAAAGCCAUUAAAAUUUGAUAAAAAGGUUUGUUUAAGAAUUCAAUAUUAUCCAAUUCAAGUGUUUUAUUUUAGACCUCAGUCGAGCAAUUGAGCAAGGCGAUCAAUUCUCUUUGGGACAUCGACGAGAAAUACCAAGAACUUUUUUUUAAUGGCCAACAGAUUCUUUCGCUAAACUCAACGCUUCAAGAUAUCGGUGUCAAGGAUGACGAUGAAAUUAUUGUAGUAAGUGUUUAUUUUAUUUUGUUUUAUUUUUCUUAAUAAUAAUAACACAUUUAUUCUCUUCAGCCACCUAGGAAUAAAAUUAACAACAAAAAAAAAGAAGAGAAAAAGAGGGGGAAUGUGGGUGGGGGAAGGAACAAUGGCUUAGGCUUAGGCGCAGCCUGCGUAUUUGGUAUGAGCUCCGGAGGGUCAUCGCUCCAAACCUAGGCUUAAAACGUGACAUACAGUAGCGGUCACUGAAAUAUCCCGUUUUGGUUUUUCCGCUAUAACUUUUUUUCGAGAAGAGCUAGGAACUUGAGGUCAACUGUGAAAACGUUGCAAAAUGAGCCAGAAAGAUGAUCCAGUUUAGCUCUUAUUGAUAAAAAAAAAUGUUAUUUGAAAAAUUUAAAAAAUUCGAUUUUUUGAUUUUUAACAAAAACCGGUUUAUUGCGAUUUCACCCUGUGAUUGUAGUAAGUUGAAUUUUUAUCUUUAGAAUUUACUGUUUAUUGUUUAUACAGCUAGUGAAUUAACUUUCUGGCUCAUUGUGAUAUUGUUAACAAUUCAAAGGCAGACAGACAAUUAGACAAUUAUUAUACAGCUAGUUAAUUCUGUAAAAUUGCUCUCAAGUUUUUUUUUCCAGAAACAUGCAGAUCUUCCAUGGUGGAUUGAGUACAAACACUGUGUUGAGCUAGUGUUGAAGCAGCGCUCGGGCAAAGUUGAAAUCGCAAAAGAAGCUGUCCAACAUCAUGAACGUUUAACCAAAAGCGGAUUCUUCAACGUCUACGCCCAAUUCAACCUCUUUCGAAGAGAGAAUCAUACUAAAGUCGCAGCUUGGACUGAUGGUGACGUGGGAUUGAUUCGUAAAGCGACGGAACAGUACUUCCACAAUCUCCAUGAUCAGAGCAGAGGAAAUGAAGAUUCCAAAUUCACUUGUUAUUUCGAAGAACGAGACGCGGACUUAGGAGGCAGGCCAACGAACACACUUGCGUUUGUCCAGAUUCAUGGAGAAGAUUCUGUUUCAAAGUACAACAUUAAGUAUGUUUUCUAUUCAUUCAUUCAAGAUCCAUUUCUGUUUAGAUGCUACCAUUAUGGCCCAAAAGGCGCGAGCUCAGGCCAGGUGCCGGACGUCUCCGAAUUUUAUUGCUAUAAAUUAUUAGCAUUAAUCGGUGUCGGCCCCAAAUCUCAUAUUAUUCCUCUUAGCAUAUCGACUGGAACCAAAACGAGCGCGUAAGGAUUUUACAGCUUUGCGUAUACAUAUACAUCUUUGCAUAUUUCAGAUACAUUGCUACUCAAUGGGACGACAGAUUUGAGCUUCUUGAAAACGUUAUUGAUGAGAACAGCCUUUGCGCGGAUGUCGUUGUGCAAUUAGUUAUGCUAAGAGUGCUCCUAUUCAUUUCUGAUCUACAUGAACAGAACUGUGGUUUGUUUUAGAGUCUGAAAACUAUAAUAUAAUUGAUUUUAGGGAGGUGGAAAGGGACGCAGCACGCCGCAAUUGUUGACUUUGCCCCGACAAACGAUUUCAAGAUUUAUGAAGAUAUCAAAAGCGAACUGAUCACAACUUUUCCGCACAAAGGAUGGAAGAAAGAAUAUUCUGCUGUGAAAAAUGAACACGACGACAACUCCUGGUUGAAGAUCGCAAAGGUGUAUUUGGAUCAGUGGGAUCUCGCAAACAAGAUCGAAUUGGCUCGUGAACAAUUUGAUCCAACUAAAGGCAUCCUUAAAAGGCUAGAAAUUGGCUUCAAGAAACGGCAAUUCCGGGUUAGUCCCACCGACCAACUGAACGAAUACAUCGACACAUUGCAAAAAAAUUUGGAGCAUCUUCAGAUUCUUUUAAAUUCGGUUGUUUAG